AGGCUGAAGAAUAGCAGUGGCAUAUUUAAGACGAGAGAAAAGUAUUUAAAAGAGACCGAGGAUACAGUAUUAAGUUGAAAAGCCAAGGAAUUCAGCUACACAAGCAAGAGGCCAGCCUGCUUUCCUAGAGGGAACAGGCAGCAUCGCCCUGUCCAGCCCUUCAAAAUGGUAAGGCAAAGGUACCUCCUCACCUGCACAGGAGUUGUGUUUGCUGUCUGCCUGCAUCACAUCAUCAGAGCCAUCGAGGUCCCUCUGGAUCGAAAUAUUCAGGAAGAAUUGUCUCAGCCCCCCACAAUUAUAAAGCAGUCUGUGAAGGACUAUAUAGUAGACCCAAGGGAUAAUAUCUUCAUUGAAUGCGAAGCUAAAGGGAACCCCAUUCCCACCUUUUCGUGGACCCGGAAUGGGAAGUUCUUCAAUGUGGCGAAGGACCCAAAAGUAUCAAUGCAAUACCGGUCAGGGACGCUGGUGAUCGACAUCCACAGCAGGGGGAGGCCAGAGGACUAUGAGGGGGAAUACCAGUGCUUUGCCCGCAACGACUAUGGGACAGCGCUCUCAAACAAAAUCCACCUGCAGGUUUCUAAGUCUCCCUUGUGGCCAAAGGAAAAAGUGGACGUGAUCGAGGUGGAUGAAGGAGCUCCCCUUAGUCUGCAGUGCAACCCACCCCCUGGGCUGCCUCCUCCCGUCAUCUUCUGGAUGAGCAGCUCCAUGGAGCCCAUCCACCAAGACAAGCGCGUCUCCCAGGGCCAGAACGGUGACUUGUACUUCUCCAACGUUAUGUUGCAGGAUGCGCAGACCGACUACAGCUGUAACGCACGCUUCCACUUCACCCAUACCAUCCAGCAGAAAAACCCCUACUCCCUCAAGGUCAAAACCAAGAAUCCCCAUAAUGAAACGUCUUUUCGAAAUCACACUGACAUGUACAGUGCCCGAGGGGUCACAGAAACAACCCCCAGCUUCAUGUAUCCCUACGGGACCUCAAGUAGCCAGAUGGUACUCAGAGGUGUGGACCUCCUGCUGGAGUGCAUUGCUUCGGGAGUACCAGCACCAGACAUCAUGUGGUACAAGAAAGGAGGAUUGCUCCCAGCUGGCAAAAGCAAGUUUGAAAACUUUAACAAGGCCCUUCGCAUCUCCAAUGUCUCCGAGGAAGACUCCGGGGAAUAUUUCUGCUUAGCCUCCAACAAAGUGGGCCUCAUCCGCCACACGAUCUCAGUGAGAGUGAAGGCUGCCCCUUAUUGGUUGGAUGAACCACAAAACCUUAUUUUGGCUCCUGGAGAGGAUGGGAGACUGGUGUGUCGUGCAAAUGGAAACCCUAAACCUACAAUCCAGUGGCUGAUGAAUGGAGAACCCAUAGAGAGCUCGUCUCCCAACCUAAGCCGCGAGGUGGCCGGAGACACCAUUGUGUUUCGAGACACUCAGAUUGGCAGUAGUGCCGUGUACCAGUGUAAUGCUUCCAACGAACAUGGAUACCUUUUGGCCAAUGCCUUUGUCAGCGUGCUAGAUGUGCCUCCCCGGAUCCUUGCCCCGCGAAACCAGCUGAUCAAAGUGAUCCUGUACAACCGGACCCGCCUUGACUGCCCGUUCUUCGGCUCCCCCAUCCCCACGCUGCGCUGGUUUAAGAAUGGCCAGGGCAGUACUCUGGAUGGAGGCAACUACCAGGUGCACGAAAACGGGACUCUGGAGAUGAACAUGGCACGGAAGGAGGAUCAGGGAAUCUACACCUGUGUGGCCACCAACAUUUUGGGUAAAGCCGAGAACCAGGUUCGUUUGGAGGUCAAAGACCCAACUAGGAUCGUGAGAGGGCCUGAAGAUCAGGUGGUGAAGAAGGGCUCCAUGGUUCGCUUAGACUGCCGGAUAAAGCAUGACUCUACACUGAAACUCACGGUCAGCUGGUUGAAGGACAAUACCGGUCUGCAUAUUGGCAAGGGGAUGAAGAAGGAAGAUGAUGGUCUGACGAUACACGGCGUGGCUGAGAAGGAUCAAGGAGAUUAUACCUGCAUAGCCAGUACUGAACUGGACAAGGACUCUGCCAAAGCGCAUCUCACGGUGCUAGCUAUUCCAUCCGUUCCAACUAAUCGUAUGACAGCCUUACCCAAAGGACGACCCAACCAACCCCGCGACUUGGAGCUGACAGACCUGGCCGAAAGGAGCGUGCGGCUGACUUGGAUACCUGGCGAUGACAACAACAGCCCGAUCACAGACUACAUCGUUCAGUUUGAGGAAGACCGGUUCCAGGCUGGGACGUGGUACAACCACUCCAGUUACCCAGGGAGCGUGAACUCGGCUGUGCUGCGUCUCUCGCCGUACGUCAACUAUCAGUUCCGAGUGAUUGCCGUGAACGACGUGGGGAGCAGCCUGCCCAGCCUCCCCUCCGAGCGGUACCAGACCAACGGGGCGCGUCCAGAAAUUAACCCAACAGGCAUUCAGGGAGUAGGGACACAAAAAAACAACAUGGAAAUAACUUGGACACCACUGAAUGCAACCCAAAUGUAUGGACCCAACCUCAGGUACAUAGUAAAAUGGAGAAGGAGGGACACGCGAGAAAGUUGGAGUAAUGCAACUGUGAGAAACACGAGGUAUGUCGUCUGGAACACGCCCAUCUACGUGCCCUACGACAUCAAGGUGCAAGCAGAGAACGACUUUGGGAGAGCACCAGAGCCUGAAGUCGUCAUCGGCUACUCAGGGGAAGAUUAUCCCAAGGCUGCCCCCACUGAUAUUAGGCUAAGAGUCCUGAACAGCACUGCAGUAAGUCUCCAGUGGACGAAAGUGUACCCGGAUACCGUCCAAGGACAACUUAAGGAAUACAGAGCCUAUUACUGGAGAGAAAGUAGUUUGCUGAAGAACCUGUGGGUCUCCAGAAAAAGGCAGUACACAAGUUUUCUUGGAGACCGACCACGGGGUACAGUGUCCCAGCUGUUUCCUUAUAGCAACUACAAACUGGAGAUGGUUGUAGUCAAUGGGAGAGGAGAUGGGCCCCGGAGUGAAAUCAAGGAGUUCACAACACCUGAAGGAGUGCCCAGCAUCCCACGGUACUUAAGAAUUGGACAGCCUAACAUGGAAACCAUCACUUUGGAAUGGGACCACCCUGAGCAUCCCAAUGGCAUCCUCACUGGAUACAACCUUAGAUACCAAGCCUUUAAUGGAUCCAAAGUGGGCAAGACAGUGGGAGAGAACUUCUCCCCCAAUCAAACAAGGUUCACGCUCCAAAGGACAGACCCCAUCUCACGCUACAGAUUCUUCCUGCGUGCCAGGACCCAGGUGGGAGAUGGAGCAGUCCUCAUGAAGGAAUCGCCAGCCCUGCUGAAUGAAGCCACUCCAACCCCAGCUGCAACCUGGUUGCCUCCAACUACAGUCGAUCUAACCAGCCCUACAACCACCACCACCCUCGCCACAACUACUACCACCACCACUGCAACCACAGCUGCCACAACCACUACAACCACCACCGUCGCCAGCACUACAACCACUACGGAGAGUGCUCCGCCAGCCACCACUAAGCAGGAGUUUGCCGCCAAUGGAUCGUCCAUAUGGAACGUAACGGCUUCGGCUAACAGUAACUGGGCAAACAUCACAUGGAGCCACAAUUUUUCCGCAGGAACUCACUUUGUGGUCGAGUAUAUGGACCGUAACAAUACAGUGCGCUCUGUCGCUGUUAAAGCCCAGACCCCUUCCUCUGUGCAGCUGGCCGACCUGAUUCCUGGGAUGGAGUACAAGUUGUGGGUAUUUCCCAAAUUGUCUGGCCCCAAAGAAAACUCUUACAUAACCUUUACGACCAGCUCAGCUUAUACCAAGAACCACGCGGACAUUGCAACGCAGGGCUGGUUCAUUGGGCUGAUGUGUGCCAUUGCCCUUCUGGUUCUGAUUUUGUUGAUAGUGUGCUUUAUUAAGAGAAGCAGAGGCGGGAAAUAUCCAGUGCGGGAUAACAAAGAAGAGCAUCUAAAUCCUGAGGACAAGAACGUAGAGGACGGGUCGUUUGACUACAGGUCUCUUGAAAGUGAUGAAGACAACAAGCCGCUGCCCAACAGCCAGACCUCCCUGGAUGGCACAAUAAAGCAGCAGGAGAGCGAUGAUAGCUUGGUGGACUAUGGAGAGGGGGGCGAAGGGCAGUUCAACGAGGACGGCUCCUUUAUCGGCCAGUACACAGUCAAGAAGGACAAAGAGGAGACAGAAGGCAACGAGAGUUCAGAAGCCACGUCCCCAGUCAAUGCUAUCUACUCGCUGGCAUAGUGCGCUAUAGUGAAACCACAAAUCACAAAUAUAUAUGCCGUGGAUGGGGGUCAAACCACUGCCACCAUCACCAGGAACCCAAAUACAAAACGACAAAAAAAAACAAACCAGAUCCACCACAAGAAACAAAGCAAAGCAAACGAACCCAGGCUAGGUGGUCGCCAAUGCCAUUCUAUCCUUAGCAAACAAGCAAAGGGCGAGGACCCACGGGGUGCCAACGUGUGGUAGCUGUGGCUGAAACUGGAACAGAGCCAAAGGGGCUAGAGGAAGAGUAGGACGCACAAAUUGUACACCCCAGGUUUCAGAUCUGGACUGGCAACCCCCGUCUAUUAGAUAACCUAGCACUCACUCUGACUAAUGAUUUACCCCGUCCUGCUUUUGUUCCCCCUGCUUCCCCCUCCACUUUAUGGGUUCAAAUUCCCUUCCCCUUGGGGAAAGGCCCCAAAUUAAAAAAAGAGAGAAGUGGGGGGGGAGGAGAUGGGGGAAGAGAAUGGGGAUAAUAGCAUGAAACUGCAAAAAUCAAGGGGGGGGUCCAUCAGCUCUGGGGAGUAGUGAUAUGCUGCUUCAUCGAUGGGGAGUUCUCUGGGACUGUACUUGAGAUGGACAUCUAUACAGCCAGCACCUCGCUCAUGACCCUUAGCAAACAUGCCCGCACCGCCGUGCUCCUUCCUGAAAGAUCGAGCAGCAUCACACUGGAGUCCCACAGGAAGGUGGUUUCCAGGGCUUGCUGCUGGAACGGUCAGAGUUGUGUUGUACCUCUUAUUAGUGCUACCCUCCCACGUUGGUUCGGUCACCGCAGUACUACCGCCCGGCGCGCACAGACUGUGGGCGAAAUUAUUCUGCAUCCAUGCUACUUAGCAAAGCUUUUGAAGAAAGGGAAGUUGGGGAAGAAACGGUAUGGGACUUGACGAAGGGCAGAAAGAUGCAGCUUUAUAUUCUGACCCCAAGUGAGUGAGGGAGAGCAGAACCGUUUGCCUGGAUAAUGACAGGGAACUGGUUUUCUUUUAUUCUUUGUGAGAGGCAAAAGACAAACCCAUAGCUUCUGCCCUCAAGCCCACACAACUCAUUAUGUAGCAAAGAGGAAGGGGAGGUUGGACCAGCAUUAACACAGGACAAGGGACCAGGGAUUGGUUUCCUACCUAUAACCCUGAUGCGAUAGCAUCUCAGCAGUGAGCACUAACCUGCACUGAAGCUACAGAUCAGCUUCUUGAAAAGCUCCAGGACCCCCAGUCUGGUGGGGUAUGCAGCAUGAAAACAUGGCUGUAAAUGGCAGAAAUGCAGGGUAUGCAGCCUCUCCCCCCAUUACAUUGGAGCAAUUCAGUGCAACAUGGCUUUCAGUUAACCCUCUCUCCUCUUAGUUCACUCCAGUGGCCUUCCACCCCCCUCCUUGAUCAGUCAGCCGAUAGGAGACACUUCCGGGCGUGGCAGGCUGUAGUGUGGGACUUGCACCCAUUUUGUUCUUUACAUAUCAAGAACGCUCGUUAAAACUAACCUGCUAAUACAACUGUAAUCCGUGUCUUGAACAGGAAAAGUUUGGUAUUACAGUGCUCCUACACACGCCUUAUCCAGCUUCAGAACUCCCCCUGACGUUUAACAAACUAAGACGAUUCACCCACCGCUUAAGCCCCUGAUGCGAUGGUCUCCAGUCUGUCAGGCCCAUGGGAAUAGGAUGCCUGCACAGCUCUCCCAGCAGAGAAAGCAUGGAACAUAGUAGAAGGUAGCGUUUUAUAAUAGACAGUAAUUAGCGGCAAUGCCACAUGUAUUCUCCCCACUUCCUGCACUUUUGAAACCAAAGGUACCUUCACUGAGAGAGUUCACAUUUCUUCAGCCGGUUUCAUGGUUGUUCAACAAAGUUAGGAUGGAUGUUUGUGUUUGUUUUAAAAGGCAUUUCUGUUCAGCCUAAUGGACUAAAUGCUAUAGGAUUAAUACAGUUGUUCUUUUAGCUUU